AUGAAGGUGUGGUGCGGCCUGCUGGUGGUGGCCGUGGUGCUGGAGUCGGCCCUGGCCCUGGACCUGGGCCUGAGCAGCCUGUUCGGCGGCAGCAGCGAAGCCGGGAAGGAGGCUGUAGCUGAGGCGGUGGAGAGCGCGGACGUCAGCCCCAGCGCCGGCGCGGCCGCCGACUCCGCGGAGGGCAAGCAGACGCUGGCGCAGCCGCCGCCGCUGCAGCUGCCGGGCUUGCCGCCGCUGCCGGGCAUCCCGGGCCUGCCGGCGCUGCCCACGCUGCCGCCGUUGCCCGUCACGCUGCCCUCGCUGCCGGGCAUGCCGCCCAUACACCGCACCGAGACCGUCUAUGCCACGCGCACCGUCUUCGUCGAGGUAACGAAGAAGGUGACGGAGCACCCGGUGUGUGUGACUAUGUACGGCGUCAAGCCGCCAUGCUUCGGACCGCACGAGCACGGCAAGUACCGCGAGAAUGAAGACGACGAAGACGACUACCCAGAGGAGGGGCUCUACAUCAGCCCGUCUUCCGCCAAGAGGAUCACCGCCACAGCCGCUCCCGACUCUGGUCUGCAUUUCGAGUACCGCGAGGGUCGCAGUUCCGAACAGGACAGCACUGCGCUGGAGGGGAGCACCUCGCUGGAGGCCUCCGCGGGAGACGCCGAGAGCGAGCGCGAGGCGCGCUACCUGGAGUUCCGCCGCGCCACGCCGGCGCCCGAAGAGGUGGCCACGGCUCUGGAGGAGACAGCCCUCGCCCUGCCCUCCGAGAAGCAGCAGCGCGUCUUCAACAACCUGCUGCCCGCCGUCAUCGUCACGAGGAUACUCACUAAGACACUCUGGGUGACCAAAGUGGAAAAGGUCAUCGACAAACACGUCACAGCCACUAUGGAAAUCAAAAACUGCGUACCCCCUGAUAGCAAGAUUCCGUUCUGCAAAAAGAGUGACAAGCCCAAACCGCCGCCACCUGUUCACAAACCCGAUCACUAUGACUAUGACCACUACGACCACAAUCCCAGUCAGGGUGAUCACAAACCUGACUACUAUGAUGACAAACCUGACCACUACGAUCACAAACCAGGCCCAUAUAACCAUAAACCAGCACCCUAUGAUCACAAACCACCUUCUCAUCCUCCUCCAAAACCGGAUUACUAUGAGCACAAACCGCAUCAACCUCCUCCUCCUCCACCAAAACCGGAUUACUAUGACCACAAACCACACCAUCCGCCUCCUCCUCCUCCUCCAAAGCCAGAUUACUACGAUCACAAACCAGACUAUCCUCCUCCUCCCCCUCCAAAGCCAGAUUACUACGAUCACAAACCAGACUAUCCUCCUCCUCCCCCUCCAAAGCCAGAUUACUACGAUCACAAACCAGACCAUCCUCCUCCUCCCCCUCCAAAGCCAGAUUACUAUGACCACAAACCGCACCAUCAUGCUCCACCUCCUCCUCCCCCAAAGCCAGAUUACUAUGACCACAAACCGCAUCCUCCUCCACCAGAUUACUAUGAGAACAAACCAGACCAUCCCCCACCUCCUCCUCCUCCAAAGCCAGAUUACUAUGACCACAAACCGCAUCCUCCUCCUCCUCCUCCUGCAAAACCAGAUUACUAUGACCACAAACCAGACCAUCCUCCCCCUCCUCCUCCAAAGCCAGAUUACUAUGACCACAAACCGCAUCCUCCUCCUCCUCCUCCAGCAAAACCAGAUUACUAUGACCACAAACCAGACCAUCCUCCCCCUCCUCCUCCUCCUCCAAAGCCAGAUUACUAUGACCACAAACCGCAUCCUCCUCCUCCUCCUCCGCCAGCAAAGCCAGAUUACUAUGACCACAAACCAGACCACUCUCCCCCUGCACCUAAGCCAGACUAUCCUCCACAUCCUCCCAAGCCAGACUACCCUCCAAAAACAGCCCACUAUGACCACAAACCUGCGUCCUCACCUCAUCCAGUCCCUCCACCUAAACCAGACCACUAUAAGCCAGUUCAUGAAACGAAACCCGAACACUUUGAUUACAAGCCAGAUCAUCACGAAUACGACUAUCCAGAACCUUCACCAAAGCCUGUUCACGUUAAGCCUGUUUACGAUGACCAUGACUAUGAUUAUGACCACAAACCAGCACAUCCUGACAGCAAGCCCACUCAUCCACAAUAUGAUCUCGAACAUGACUACAAGCCUGGCCACUACAAACAUUCUUAUCAUCACUUCAUUAAUGGAGACCACGAAACUGAAAAGCCAGAGCCGGUCUCGACACCACCAAAUGAGCAUGACGACGAAGAAUCACCACAUAAGCCACCACUGACAGAGGCCAUUCCUCCUCCUCCUACGACACCAUCUCCUUCAACUCCUCCAGUGAAAGCACCCUCUUCAGGCAAAGUGCAAUGA